GAAGAGAAGGUACGCCGGUCUUUUGUUCGAUCGUGUUAUGUUUAAGUUUUUGAGAGAGCGAAGCGUCUGCUCUGGUCUGCCCCAGCCGAUGGCCGUAUUGCUCUCUGACAAGAGGCACGAGCCAAUAAAAAUUUAAGAAGAAGAAGUCUGCGAGGUCAGUGCGAAGUGCGAGUCACAGACCACAGUCAGUCGAUGACAGAGGAUUGCCAGAAAAGUGAAUCAAGAAAUCGGUGCUACAUCACACACACACGGCUGCGGCCGUUGCAUAUUUGUUUUUUCUGCGUACUGUUGCGCGCACUCGGUCGACGUCGACGCCCUAUCACUCGCUCAUUGAGACUGUGACUCGAGCGGGCAGGUAGCUAUUUACUGUUUGCUACAACAAAGGAACCUGAGAAAAGGAGAAGGAGGAAAUAUUAGAAGAUUCGGACGACGCAACCACAGAGACAAUCACGAAAUAAUGUCCGAUUAUCUGGAAUCUUCCAACAUCAGCAUAGAGGGCAUAAAGUAUGAGCCAAUUCAUCGCCAGUUCCGCUUGCCUACAUAUCAUACAGCCGCAUACAUCGAACCUCCGCACGCUAUACUCUGUCCUGACAAUCAUUUUGACUCUGAAGAGAUAAUAUUGACGGCCAUUUAUUGGACACUAGGAAAACGACCAACACACAUGCUCGUGCACCAGGUGCACGAGACAUCUGAGCUACACGCAGCAAUGGACAUGGCUAAUACGACCCACUCUAAUCAGAUCCUAGUCUUUCUUGGCAUGGCAGGACUGAUGACUAUCGCCAAAAAGCUCGGAUCCGACAUGGAUGCAAAUGGUGAAUACCUCAUCAAUAGAUGGCAAGAUGUUUGUAACGCAACCGAAAUAGAAAACAUCUUUACAUCGGGUGUUGUUUUGCGGAAACGAUACCUGACCUUCAUUAGAACAUUAAAGAUUUGGCAGCUUUGGAUUGAAGUGAGACCUGCAGUCUGCAAAAGCCUCCUUGUUGCCGCCCUGGACUUUCCGGAAGGAUCUCCUAAUAUGCUUGUGAACACUGCGAUGGCUAAAGUAAAAAUAGAGAUUCAAUAUUUCGGCAUGGAGAUGAUACUAAAGAUGGAUGCCUUUGUGUCUUUACAAAAUAUAAAUGUAAAUAAAGCCAUCUUCCUUCCGGAUAUCGCACAACAAGCUGUGGAUCUCAGAAGAGCUAUGGACGAGUUACGUAGAAGAUAUGGAGAUCGUUUCCCAUAUUUGAAAAUUUACUGGCUCGAAGGAACAGAUCGCCUCACUUGUAGGAAAUACCCAGACCUUUUCUAUGCGGUUGUUGCGACCGAAGUUGCCAACAAAAAGACAAUUCCUGAUAGCGCAAGGCAUAUUUUAAUGGAUUUGCAGACUCGUACCGCUAGACAUAUCAUAGAUGCUGAAGUAAAGAAAACGCUGACAUCCGAGAUGCUUGAUAAGGUAACUACCGCCAAUCUCCGUUUCCUUAAGAUUGAGCCGCGUCUCUUCUGUCAGCGUCGAGAAGAAAAUGAUGUUAAAAACGAGAUGCUUACUAUUGAAGGGCCAAAAAAAAGAAAGAUUAAAUAAAUGCAGAAACUUAUUAACGUCUUAUUCUACGAUAAAAUAUCAACUAAUUGCGAGAUAUAUCAGUUGCUUGAAAUUUAUAGGAUAAUCUCAUAAGUAUGAAUAAUAAAAAUAACAGAAAAUGUAUCAGCCAGAGCGAUUAUUUAUUUUUGCAUAAGUUCGAUGGAAAGUAAUGAGUGAUGAUAGGAUGAUUUUCGCGAAAGAGAUAUGUCUCCAAAUUUAUAGUAAGAAUAUUAUCUUUUACACUUUUUACCAAGCAUGAUCUUUAACAUAUAGAUAAGAUUUUCAGGAAAUUUGAAAUGCCAUGAAGAUAUGAUAUAUUAAUAACAUUAUUUGGACAAUUUAAUAUCAAAUGCAUUAUAGUAGAUUAAAUUUUGCUGUUUAUUUUAA